AUGGCUGACGAGUCCGAGACCACGAUGUCCGCCACGCUCCGAUUCCCAUUUCAAGCCUCGCUGGAUGGAUCUGCGGUGGUGGAAACUGAUGGUAGUCUUUAUUACGGACUUGAUAUCUCACAUGGAUUUGCUGAGUUGCCAGCAGAAGGAUAUCCAACUCUAAAUUCAGAGUCGGAGAUGCAAUUAGGGUUAGGGUUGUAUUUGGAGAGGGACGAUUACGAAGAGGAACAGGAAGAACCACAUUCGAGUUCGAAAAUCGUACGUCAUCCACAGCGCUGGGAUAGUCUUGUGAAGAGCAAAGACCAGGAACAGAAACAGGAACCAGAAGAAGUGACGCCACGACCAAUCUCCGUCUCCAUGCAUCCCCAUCGAAUAAACACCUCUGAUCAACAGCGUUUCGCUACAGAGCACGAAAUGGCAGCGGCAGAGGAACUAGAAGAAGAGAACACUAUCUGCGAAUCGCCGUUAUCGAGUACGCUAGACGAAGCAGAGGCAACAAUACGAGUGUCCGUACCUUCCAGCAGCGUGCAACAAUUCAUACCAUCCCGAUACUAUGCGACUCCCCUUAUCAAAGACGAUCCCACAUCGACACCAGUCGCGCUAUACGGGCUCGAAAAGCCCUCGGAUUAUGUACCAAGAAAGAAAGGACCAGCCGGUUCAAGACAAAGAGGCAAUACGACAGUGGCAGCCCAAUCUGCGUCCAGACACCAACAUCAGCCGUCGCCGUUGUCGUCGACUGUCAACCCCGAGAAUCGUGUUGAAGCAGCGCCCAGGGCUUCCACACCAUCCAUGAGAACCUUGUCCAUAUUUUUGGGAAGGACAUCUACUCUGAACACGGUGUAUCCAACAGCUGUGAGUAGACCUACGAUACGAUCUAUAUCAUCGUCUGGGUCUUCGGCUACGACUUCGACUGUGAGGUCAGUAGGAUCUGCUGUCAGCGAUGUUUCAGUUGCAACAUCGAUAUCAACCUCUAUAUUUGUUCCUUCACCUACAAUGGUAGAAGCAAACCAAAAGCCCACAUCAGAUCCAGGCACCACGACAACAACGCUAGACCACAAUCAGAACCCUACCUCGCCAUUCUCACGACCGCAACCAGUCCGACGCACAACAGCUCCCAUCUCAAAUUUUACUACCGACCAUAUCCCCGUGGUAGGAGGCGACACACGGCGAAACUCCAUCUCCAACUUCUCCUCGCCCAUGAUACACCAUCGAGCCGGUAUAAAGAGUAGCGACAACCUCACUACAAUCCGAGCUAUAUCAGAUAAUCAAGUGACCAUUCCUGCAACCAAUAAUUAUGUAUUUCAUGACCCAUCACUGGAGGAUUAUUCUUCCUCGUCAUCGAAACAAAUGCCCUUUUCGCCGGAUAGUUUCAUCUCACCUCAUACACAUGCAUACGACAGCGAUAGUAAUGAAUACAACAACUCCAAUUCAUUUUCGCAAAUCAACAGACCUCAUACAAGCCACCAUGAUCAAAGAUCUUUCCCCAAAACACCAAACCCGCACUAUCAGGCGUAUACGAGAAACGAUAAAUCCCAGUCCCAGCUAAGAAAGCCUAAGAAAUCAGGACAUCAACGCAGAGCGACGAAACUGUUUACGAGGAUAUUCAUAUCUGAUUUGAACCAUCAGAAAGCCUGA